UCUUCGUGUCCUUCGCAUGAUCUUCUUGCCUGGAGCAGGAAGCUUGUGUUGACCCUAUGUGAAUGUUAUAAGCUUGUUCUAAAUGUCAGUUUAUUUAUUCAUCGCCAGGCGUUAACAAAACACAUUAUGGCAAGAAGAGUAAUAUACCCACUCUAUCAGCUCGGGAACCCCCAGUUGAGGAUUUUCCGAACCAACUUCUUCAUGACCCUGGUGAAACCGGGCAAGGAACAGCCGUCUGACACCGUGCAGUUUCGGAUACCCAUGGAGAUGACCAAGUGUGAUGUAAAGAACUACCUUGAGAAGAUAUACAAUGUUCCAGUGGGAGCAGUCAGAACUAGAAUCCAGUACUGUACGAACAAGAAAAGAAAUCACCUAAGCCAGAGGGUGAAGCGGCCUGAUUACAAAGUAGCAUACAUACAACUGGCUCAACAACAGACGUUCCAAUUCCCGGAAAUAUUCCCACAGAAAGACACAGCUCUUGAGCCAGGCUCCGUGGAGGAAAUGCAGGACCAGUUCAUGCAAGACGAACAACAGAGACAGAAGGCUGACCCCAGACGAGGAGGGGUGACAGAGUGGUUUGGGCUUUGAAAGGGAGAAAAUGAAAUAUACCAAGAAAAAGCACCAAGAAGUGGAGCCAGGUGGAAUAGCGGAUUGUGUUCCAAAUUAUUCUGGAAACUUAAUGCACUUGAUAUGUUAGUCAAAAACAAGUUCUCCUGAAGACUAGGUCAAUUUCCAUGAGACUUUUGUGUGUGCAUUUUUUGUAGCAUUUUAAAAAUAAAAUGUAAAUUG